AUGGUAUGCUCUUUAACAAUGUCUACGGCUGAGAAACCAUCCAAAUUAAUGCUUUUUACGUUUUUGAUACGAUUCCAUAUAAAAGGUUGCUACUUUUGACCCAGAAAAAAAAAAAAAAAAAAAGAUGUGGUUAGUGGAAUUAGGCAUAAAUCAAAGCAGUCCCAUGAAACACUUAUCAUCAACGGCUCAACAAAUUAACAACUUCUGAGAUAAAUAUUGGAAUAUGCGAUGUUGUGCUUAAAAUUAUUUGUUAAAUGUUUUUAUUAAACUUUAUAUUCCUACCAAGUAGACGUACCUACGGUGCAAUCCAAAUCGGCCAACUUUGAGAUUGGAACCAGACCUAUACUAUUGGUUAAUGGGCUGUUUAUCAGCCUCCCAUCCUCAAGUGGUUGGAAAAUUAGAAGGGUUGAACUCAAAAUACGGCAGAUUUAAUUUUCAUGUUAGUUACCACUAAACAAAAACUCAUGAUUGCAUACCUGUAUACAAGCUUAGAAUUUUUUUUUUUUCCUUUGUUGAAGGUUAUCCUUAGAAAGAUUACUAUUUAUUAUUUGGUUUAAUGAUAUAGUAAAAGAGUGAACACUCUGUUUAAAUUUCAUUAAUGCUAAUUUGUUAUUACUGACCGACAUAAUAAGAUAAGGAAGAAACCCAAAUAUUAUGGUCACAAUCAAGACAACGGAUUUGAUGUUCUCAUGUUGCCAAUUACAUGGAAACUCUUAGAGGCUUGCCCUUGGAAUAUAUGAUAUGCAUUAAGAUAGUGAAGUAGGUUUUUGUCUUUUCAAUUUUUUGAUAUAUAACAAAGUUUAGGGGAGAGAGAGAAAGAGAGAGAGAGAGAGAAAACAAUGUAUAAAUGCCUACUAACCAAAUCUUUGAGCGCAGUCCGUUCUCCUCUGUUAGGUUUGUUAGGAUCCGAAAUCAAGUUCACAAGAAGCAAAUUGUGCAACUGUAUCUUUCCCGCUCGGACAUUAAUCCAAACACUUUGCCUACACACGGAGACACAAGGAAACCGCUCCAGUAGCCAAAGCAUCACUGAUAGAGCAAUGAAGUACGUGCUAGUGACAGGUGGAGUCGUCAGUGGUCUCGGGAAGGGCGUCACCGCCAGUAGCAUAGGCGUCGUUCUUAAAGCUUGCGGCCUUCGGGUCACCUCUAUCAAAAUAGAUCCUUACCUGAAUACUGAUGCUGGUACCAUGUCCCCUUUCGAGCAUGGAGAGGUCUUUGUUCUUGAUGAUGGCGGGGAGGUUGAUUUAGAUUUGGGUAACUAUGAGAGGUUCCUGGAUGUGACACUUACAAAGGAUAACAACAUUACCACUGGAAAGAUAUUUCAGUCUGUGAUUGAGAAGGAGAGGAGAGGUGAUUAUCUUGGAAAGACCGUCCAGGUGGUUCCACACAUCACUGAUGCCAUUAAAAAUUGGAUUGAAUCAGUUGCAGUCAUUCCUGUGGAUGGAGAGGAGGGACCUGCAGAUGUGUGUGUGAUAGAAUUGGGAGGAACUGUAGGUGACAUUGAAUCAAUGCCAUUCAUUGAGGCUUUGCGUCAACUAUCCUUUUCAGUUGGACAAGAUCAUUUCUGUAUUAUACAUGUGAGCCUGAUACCUGUGCUAGGAGUUGUUGGAGAGCAAAAAACUAAGCCUACACAACACAGUGUCCGUGAAUUGAGAGCAUUAGGCUUGACUGCACAUCUACUGGCAUGUCGGUCCGCUCAGCCUUUGUUGGAAAAUACAAAGGAGAAAGUUUCUCAGUUUUGUCAUGUUCCGGCUGCUAAUAUUCUCAGUAUCCAUGAUGUUCCAAACAUUUGGCAUAUCCCUCUACUACUUAGGAACCAAAAUGCUCAUCAUGCAAUUCUAAAACAGCUCAAUUUACUUGGUCAUUUAGGCAUUGCAACACCUCCUGAUUUAGAAGAUUGGACCAAGAUGGCUGAGACUUUUGAUAAUCUUACUAAUUCUGUUAGGAUUGCAAUGGUUGGCAAGUAUGUUGGCCUGACAGAUUCAUAUCUGUCCGUUGUGAAGGCCCUUCUACAUGCUUGUAUUGCAUGUUCAUUGAAGCCAUCAAUUGAUUGGAUUGCAGCUUCAGAUCUUGAAGAUGAAAGUGCAAAUAUGACACCAGAAGCUCAUGCUACUGCAUGGGAGACACUGAGGAAUGCAGCAUGUGUUUUGGUGCCAGGAGGUUUUGGGGAUCGUGGUGUAAGGGGAAUGAUACUGGCUGCCAAGUAUGCCAGAGAGAACAAUAUUCCUUACCUUGGGAUUUGCUUAGGCAUGCAGAUUUCUGUGAUUGAGUUUGCUAGAUCUGUUUUGGGAAUGGAAAGAGCAAACAGUGAGGAGUUUGAUGCCCUAACAUCUGACCGCGUUGUGAUAUUCAUGCCUGAGGGUUCAACAACACACAUGGGAAGUACGAUGAGAUUAGGAUCCCGGAAGACAUUACUUCAGACCCCUGAUUGUAUUACCGCUAAAAUGUAUGGUAAUCCUCAAUAUGUAGAUGAACGGCAUCGGCAUAGAUAUGAGGUAAACCCUGACGUAAUUGUUGUUCUAGAAGAAAGAGGCUUAAAGUUUGUUGGGAAGGAUGAAACAGGAAGAAGAAUGGAGAUUUUAGAGCUUCCAAGCCAUCCUUUUUAUGUAGGUGUGCAAUUUCAUCCAGAGUUCAAAUCGCGACCUCGUAGGCCCUCUCCACUAUUUUUAGGUUUCAUAUUGGCAGCAACAGGGAAGUUGGAAGCAUAUCUUAGAAGUCGCUAGGAUGGAGUUUGAUUUGCAUGAAGCUUCAAAAUCAGGCUCACAGUUGAUUAUUUGUCACGAGAAAGUGGAAAAUUUUGAGGAACUGAUUAGAUUGAAUUCGUUUGGCAAAAAAUUUGAAGAACUUUAGGGGCUGAAACUGGCCUUGUGGUUCAUCUGUGUUCAAAUUGUGUGAUUUUCUGCCCUGUUGUAAAAUGUAAAUCGUUGGGAGUUAGCUAGCACUGACAUUUCUAUACUGACCCGUACAAGUUAUACUAUACGUGGACUAGCAAAAUCAAUCCAUUAUCAACCAAAUAGUCACUGUUA